CAUGGUCAUUUCAGUAAAUGUCGCUUGUUACAAAUACGGCCAUAAGCAUGUACUAAGGAAUAAAAUUAUUAAUGUAUAAAAUAACCUAAUUUAUUUCAACAUAAUUAAUAAAUUUACCGCGUACUAGUCGUAGCUUCGUUGGCAAUGAGAUCUCGUGUGACAGUGGAGACUCGCGGGGAAGGCGGGGAGAGCCUGAGCGGCGUGCUGAGCCUGCUGGGCGUGGUGGACGUGCUGGCGGCGGGCGGUGAGCGGCUGCUGCACGACGAGUACGAGCGCUGCGCCGCGCGCGUGCGCGUGUACCAUCGCUCGCGCUCCUCGCCCGAGCGCGCCAGAGGAGGGCGUGGCGAGCCGAACGCGUCUCCGCGCCCGCGCAGCCCGUCCGUGUCACCCGACCGCCGCCAAACACGAUAUCGCAUCACGCAACAGGCAGAAUCGGCGUACUUCUCCUCGCGGCCUCCACCCACGCCGCUGCAACUCAUCGUGAGGAGUCCGAGCGUCGCUCCAGAGACGGCGGCAGCGUCGGCCUCAGCCCAGCGACACACUCACACGUCGAAGAAAGCACAGGAAUGGCGACGCGGCAGUGGCAAACAUAAAAACAGGCGCCACGUGAAGACUCUCCUGCGGGAGCUGGUGGCGAGCCUGCCAUUGGCGGAGGGGACGUCGUCGCUCACCUCCGACUCCUGCAACGCGCCGCUGGUCUUGGACGUCCGCCAUGUGGCUGUACAAGCCAUUACCACAACUAAACCAGAGCGUAACUCGACACGCAACUCGUUCAGAGAUUGCGGCGAGGAGUGGGUUGGAGGCGUGCGCGCGCUGCGCGACUCUCACGUGCGGCUCGUGCUGCGCCAACUGCGCCACAUCGAGCGCCUCAAUCGCGCGCUCGACCGCGCCGCAAACGCCGCCGCACCGCUGCUAACUCCGCAUGCGCCCUCCACCGCACUAUCACUGGCAAAAUGAUUCAAUAUAUAAUCUCUAUAAAAGUUGA